AAACUUUACUUAACCUGGUAACGGCGUCGUUCGGCUUUUCUUCUCUGGUGCUGCUAGUUCAAGCUUUGCUGCAGAUUUCUAAAAUUGGAUUUAUCAUUCGUUUUCUUUGAUCAGUUAUUUCAUUGGAAACGAUAAUCGGCUGGAAUUCAAGAUGGAAACUUUCAUAAAUCCCAAAUCACUUUUUCAUUUACUUUUAUUACCAUGUUUGCUUCUCUACAGUUCAAUUGCAUACAAUUCUUCUCCUGUCGAAGCCGCCAUGCAUACUAACAAUUGGGCUGUCUUAGUUUGCACCUCUCGUUUCUGGUUUAACUAUCGUCACAUGGCUAACACUUUAUCCUUGUAUAGGACAGUUAAGCGACUUGGAAUACCUGAUGAGAGGAUAAUACUCAUGCUUGCAGAUGACAUGGCCUGCAACACUAGAAACAAGUACCCUGCUCAAGUUUUCAAUAAUGAGAACCAUAGACUCAACCUUUAUGGAGAUAAUGUUGAGGUAGAUUAUCGAGGUUAUGAAGUAACAGUGGAAAAUUUUUUGCGUGUUUUAACUGGACGUCAUGAGACUGCUGUUCCAAGAUCAAAGCGGCUUUUGAGUGAUGAAGGCAGUCACAUUCUUCUAUAUAUGACAGGGCAUGGGGGAGAUGAGUUUUUAAAGUUUCAAGACUCGGAGGAACUACAGAGUCAUGAUUUAGCUGAUGCUGUGAAACAGAUGAAAGAAAAGCACAGAUUUAAGGAAUUGCUGAUAAUGGUGGACACUUGUCAAGCAGCCACUCUCUUCAAUCAGCUUCAGUCCCCUGGCGUUUUGGCUAUUGGAAGUAGCAUGAAGGGAGAGAACUCGUAUUCACAUCACUUGGAUUCUGAUGUUGGUGUAUCAGUUGUGGACCGUUUCACCUAUUAUACCCUUGCUUUUUUUGAGAGGCUAAAUAUAUAUGACAAUGCCUCAUUGAGCAGUCUUUUCAGUUCUUACAAUCCAAGUUUGUUGAUGUUCAGAUAUUACCGCAAGGAUCUAUACAAGCGACGUUUGGAGGAGGUACCUGUUACAAACUUCUUUGGCUCAGUCAUGGAAACGAUACAUACUGAUGCAGCCUACAAAGCCCUUUCAAGGAGAAAUUCUGGCAGGUUUGAAGACGAAAUGUCUUUGGAUCAGUCAGUGCACCACAUCGAGAGAAGAAUGUUGAUAAAAGUAAAUGAUGGGUACGAAAUUCACGACAUUAACCCUGAGGGUGAAGAAGGUGCUUCUAAAUGUCCAUGGAGUACCUUCCGUAACAAGUUUCAAAAGGCUGAAAAUGUUGAUUCCUUAGUGAACUAUGGCUUGGUAGCAAUGAUUCCUUUGUUGGUGAUUUCGACAUGGCUGGUUCAGUGAUCUCUCUCAUUACACUUUCUAAAAAAAGGACUGUAUUUGCUAUAGCUUUGGUACAAAUUUGUUUACUCUGAAGCUUGUAUUCAUUGAUUUUGAUGAUAACUUUAAUGUUCAUCAACGCCUCUUUCUCCUGGCAAA